AUGAUAGUAGCCAUGGUAGUCUAUAGAUUCCUCAUGCUAGACCAUGUCCUAGACUACAAUGACUACUACAACAUAUGUCGUGAAAAUGGAUUGAUCAUCGUUGGUGAUCCGCUCCCCCUUGUUAUUGAUUGUCUCUUUGUUAGUACUUCUCUCCUUGAUCUUGGUUCUCAUCGUCCAUGUCACAGUAGACAAUAUAGUGGACUGAAAGGAAAUUUAGAGUAG